CCCUGCAGUCGCUGGUAUUUCCUGUAUAGUAGUUUUUAAUAUGGCGAAGACUUACGACUAUUUGUUUAAACUGCUUCUGAUCGGUGACUCGGGAGUCGGCAAGACCUGCGUGCUGUUCAGGUUCUCAGAAGAUGCCUUCAACUCUACGUUUAUAUCCACAAUAGGUAUUGACUUUAAAAUCAGAACUAUAGAACUAGAUGGCAAGAGAAUUAAGCUACAGAUAUGGGACACAGCUGGACAAGAAAGAUUUCGUACUAUUACAACGGCUUAUUACAGAGGAGCAAUGGGUAUUAUGUUGGUAUAUGAUAUCACCAAUGAAAAAUCUUUUGACAACAUAAAAAACUGGAUACGAAAUAUUGAAGAGCACGCCUCAGCUGAUGUUGAAAAAAUGAUUCUUGGCAACAAAUGUGACGUCAACGAGAAACGGCAAGUUUCUAAGGAGAAAGGGGAGAAGUUGGCCCUUGAGUAUGGAAUCAAAUUCAUGGAGACAAGUGCAAAGGCAAAUAUCAAUGUGGAAAAUGCAUUUUUGACUUUGGCGCGGGAUAUCAAAGCAAAAAUGGACAAGAAAAUGGAGGGAAAUAGUUCUCAAGGCAGUAACCAAGGAGUCAAAAUUACCCAAGAACAGCAAAAGAAGAGCAGUUUCUUCCGAUGUGUUCUUCUGUGAGGGACAUUGCCUUAAAGGAGUACUUCGCUCCAUCAAACUGGACUGUGCCUCUAUUUGAUUCCCCAUCAACACAGACCUAGAUCCUUAAAGCACCAGCUCUGCCAAACUUUGGCUACCUUAAAAAAAAAAAAAAACGUGACAAGCUACCUUAGUAACUGUUUCACCUAAUGGUUCUGGAACAUGUUCUAAGUUUGAACAUUUCUUCAUUAAUAUAAUUAUUAUAACUUUUUUGGUUGUUUGAGUUACAUGCUGGGCAAUCUUCUUUAUUUACUACUCAUGGCCCAGUGUUUGUAAUUCCAGGCAUUCCUACAGAGCCAUAUCUCCUCCAUGUCUUCUUGACUGACCUCCAAUAUGUGGUGUUCCCUUAAAUUAGGGAACAUGCACAUUAUAACACACAGGCAGAAACAGAUGUUUGGAUAUAUUACUUUAUUACAAACUUAUAUAUGUGUAUGUAUGAAUGUGCACCUUCCACUUGCAUUCCAAAGUGAGUCUUCCAUGUGAAAUCUAAUGUUGAAACCAAAAUCAUUUUGUUUUGCUUUACUUUCAAGCUACUUAGAUUUGUGUAAUUUAUGUUUAGUUCUGCUCUCCAAAGGUUAAUUACAUUCUACGACAUGCUGCAAAUUUCCUGUGGUUCACACUUUAGCAUAGAUUUACAUUGAUUCUAUAUAUUAUGAGAUUUCCACCUAUAACUCAAUGUUGUAGAAGAGAAGCUACAGUGAUGACAUAUUUAAGCUAGUUUCACAUAUGAUGAAAGAGAUCUAGCAGGCUGUAUCAGCAGAGAACAGGCUGCCGGAGCGCUCUGGAUCCGGCAGUGCCGGAAUGCCUGACUGGCCCUAUAAUGGGAUCUGGCGACUGCUACUCGGCAAAUACGCAGAGAAUAGUUUUUUGCCUGGCCGAUUGUCUGCAUAUUUGCUGGAUAGCAACCACAUUCUGUUAUAGUUAAUGGGGUUGGCAGGCUUUCCGGUACCGUCCAGCAAUUUCUCAUCCAGAGCGUUCCAGCAGGCCAUUCUAUGCCAGAACAGCCUGCUGGAUCUCUUGCCGCAUAUGUGAAAAUAGCCUUAGUUAAGGAGAUAUUGGUAUUAUGUUGGUUGUCACUUAGUUGUCAUUUACAAGCAACGCCAAAUUUUGGUCUUGGAUCAUGUGGUCAGUUUUGCAAAAGUGGCUACUGCAAUGGAGUAGAACAAUGCUAAAAGCGUUUGUAAUUAAGAAACUUUGGCUGCUGUUCUAGCUUCUGAUUUUGGCCAUUCACAUGUUUUAGUUGGAAAUUCUCUGUGAUGAAAGUUUUAUAUGAAUUUAUUAAAAGUCAGCAUUUAUAGACUCUCGUGUACACGACCAUUUGUAUUUUGUGGUCCGAAAAUUGUGGAUCUGUAAAAUACAGAUACUCUGUGUUGCAUCAACUUUUUUUGCGAACCUAUUGACUUCAAUGAACGGCAAAGUAUAGGAAAUAUAUAUUUUUGUGGGAAGGACAUACAGAUUUAAAAAGCACACGAAUCAUCUGUGUGCUUUCCACAAAAAGAUAGACUGUGUCCGCAAAAUGCGGACCGCAGACCCACUGAAGUCAA